AUGGAGACUCCAAAUGUGAUGAAACAAAAUGAACAUUACAACAUGAAUAGCACUCCGCAACUGACAGCCAUACAGAAAUCAUUUGCUUACAUCGAAAGAGCUGUCCAAGAACAUACCGCUGAUACUUCUUCGACCUCGCAACCAUUUUUCAUCGCUGACUAUGGAUGUUCACAUGGUGCAAAUUCAUUAGUUGCCAUCAAUGCUAUCAUUCAAGCGUUCCAGCAGAGAUACGCACUUACCAACGAGAUCUGCGUGAUAUUCAAUGACUUGUACACGAAUGAUUGGACAACAGUAUUUCAAACAGUCAUUGCUAAUGCAUCAACUAGAAAAUUCUUCAGUCUGGCGACAGGCACAUCAUUCUACGAACAAAUCUUACCGACUGGCUCGGUUCAAUUUGGUUAUACUUCAACAGCACUGCAUUGGUUGUCGAAGAAACCGUGUAAUCUGAGCAAACAUUGCUAUUCUCUAGCUGGACAAUCAACUGACGAAGAAAUGAAGUUGUGGAGAGAACAAGCAGCAACAGAUUAUCGAUUAUUUUUAGAGCAACGCUCGAAGGAGCUAAAAAAAGGAGGUAUCUUUCUGUCCGUCACACUCAGUCGUAAUCAUCUGAACGAUACGGGUAAUUUACCAAUUUAUCACAAUCUUUAUCGAUCAGCAAAAGCUGUUCUUUCCGACGAAGAUGAAUUGCUCAAUUUUAACAUACAAGGUUAUUAUCGCAGUAUUGACGAGCAAACUGAUCCUGACGUUCUCAAAGAACUCAACUUGGAAUUGAUUUGUGCCGACAUACAUUCAUUGCAACACCCUAUUUACGAGGAGUAUCGCUCGAAACAGAUUACUUUGGAAGAAGCCAUCGACAAGUACACAGAAUUCGUACGCAGUUGGUCCGAAUCAAGUUUUCUCAGUUGCCUAAGAAAAGAUCGAACGGACGAAGAACGAAUGGAUACGGUGAACAGGUUUUGGAAAGCAUUCAAGGAUGAAUUGCGAGAAAAGGGCAUGGAAAAUUUUCAACGAAAUCCUUUCCGAUCGUAUAUCAUACUAAGAAAGCUAUAA